AUGCCACCCGCCCUCCCGCUCAACGUCGCGCCUCCAACGCCUAGUAGGCCUCUGGAUGGCGACAAUCAGAAAACUCCUGGUCAAUCGAAAUCGAAUUCGUCGGCUUCUGCUGCCCUACGACCUUCAGACAUCUCGAGUCCCCAUGAACUCACGGCAUUCGUCGAAACACUUCUGGAGCAGCUAGAAACUAAAUUCAAUGACAUGUCUUCCCAGAUGAUUGACCGAAUGACACAGAUGUCGUCUCGCGUUGACAACCUGGAGGCAGCGAUUCAAGAUAUUAUUAACGCCGAUAUGAGUGUACCUCAGUCCCCAUCUCCCGCCCCUGGCGGAACGCUCAGAAGGAACGACACGGGAUCAUGA